CCUUUUCCAAACAAUGAUUUAUUCAGGAGCUGUUUGGGAAGAUGCUCACAGACAAAGUCUCUGGUGCUUAUUUCAGGAGGAUUAGCCUUUUCUGGAUAGCCUGCAUCACUCUAUCCUUUGGGUAUUACACUUUGGUGAUGUUUUGGCCGCAGAGCAUCCCUUACCAGAGUCUUGGACCCUUAGGCAUCUUCUCCAAGUAUCUGAUGGACAACUAUUACACCCACUUGUACUUUGGGUACUGGUUGGCCUGGGGCCUCCAUCUUGCUGAAGCACUGUACAGCAUCAAAGUCUGCAGUGACAAAGGGAUUACCAAUGUAAAUGCCCAGUUCAAAUGGGUAUUUCAGACUUUUUUAUUUGGUAUCGCCUCGCUCUGGUGCCUGUGGUCCUAUGAACCACAGCAGAAGGACAAGUGAAAGCACAAUAGAAGUACCUUCCUCUUCUUAAAAUGAUGGUGCAAUUUUCGCAUGGGAUGGAGGAUCCUUCUACUAAGUGACUAUUAACAAAACCUUGGAAAGCUUGGUUUUGAAACAGUGAUGUUUCACAGUAUGGUGUAAAGAGCAGGAUUAUGGGAACAACUCUAAUUCACUAUUUAACAUUUUUUCAGUAAUGUAGGCUGGCAAGCAAAUCAAUCUUUUAAAAAUUGUGAUUACAGAACAAUUGGUUUCUUAUAACUCGAUCACUGCAUUUAAUA